GUUUCCUGAUGAGUGUGAGGGAAGGUGUUGCUGCCGGGCUUCAUCAGCUAAGGGGGACAGUCGUGAUGGCGUUAUUAAGAGGAAUAUUACGUUUAUCUUCUCACACCAACCAUGUCACUCGUAUCGCUCAAGUUAAUCAGGGCAGUUUAUACUUCUUGUCGACCAGCGUCCGCCAUGAUGCCCGGUUUUGUGAGUCGGCGCUGGAAGCUGUGAAGGAUAUCACUCCUGGAUCCAAGUUGCUGGUUGGAGGCUUUGGUCUCUGUGGCAUCCCGGAGAACCUCAUCGGAGCUCUGCUGAAGACGAAGGUGGACAACCUGACGGUGGUGAGCAACAAUGCCGGCGUCGACAACUUUGGUCUGGGUCUGUUGCUCAACCAGAAGCAGAUCAAGCGCAUGAUCUCCUCGUACGUCGGGGAGAACGCCGAGUUUGAGAGGCAGUACCUGAGUGGGGAGCUGGAGGUGGAGUUGACCCCACAGGGGACACUAGCUGAACGCUGUCGUGCUGGUGGUGCUGGUAUACCUGCCUUCUACACCCCUACAGGCUAUGGCACUCUUGUACAUGAAGGAGGGUCACCGAUCAAGUACGGUGAGGGCGGCGUGGUCAACAUACAGAGCUCCGCCCGGGAGACUCGAGUCUUCAACGGCCGCAACUACAUCAUGGAGGAAGCCAUCACGGGAGACUUUGCUCUCAUCAAGGCGUGGAAAGCUGACAGAGCGGGUAACCUCAUCUUCAGAAAGACGGCCCGCAACUUCAAUCUGCCUAUGUCUAAGGCGGCAAAGACGACAAUAGUGGAGGUAGAGGAGAUAGUCGAGAUUGGCGAGAUCCCUGAAGAUUCGGUCCACAUCCCAGCGAUAUAUGUCAACUGUGUUGUCCUCGGGGAGAAGUAUGAGAAGAGGAUUGAGCGCCUGACUCUACGGAAAGAGAAGAAGAAGAGUGCAGCGGCCUCCAACCCAGCAGUGGCCAUGAGGGAACGUAUUGUAAGGAGAGCUGCCUUGGAGUUCCAGGAUGGCAUGUAUGCUAACCUUGGUAUUGGGAUGCCUAUGCUUGCUAGUAACUACAUCCCUGAUGGGAUGAACGUACAACUGCAGAGUGAGAAUGGUGUGCUGGGUCUGGGGCCGUUCCCUGUACCCGGGAGUCAGGACCCCGACCUCAUCAACGCAGGGAAGGAGACGGUCACAGUCAUCCCUGGAGCAUCUUUCUUCAGUUCUGAUGAGAGUUUUGCCAUGAUCAGAGGUGGACAUGUGAACCUGACCAUCUUGGGAGCUAUGGAGGUGUCCCAGUACGGUGAUCUGGCUAAUUGGAUGAUCCCAGGCAAGAUGGUGAAGGGAAUGGGAGGAGCCAUGGACCUGGUGACGUCGCCCGGCACCAAGGUCGUGGUCACCAUGGAACACUCGUCCAAGAAGGGAGACUACAAGAUAGUUGAAGCCUGUUCCCUCCCUCUCACCGGCAAGAACUGUGUUGAUAUGAUUAUUACUGAAAAGUGUGUCUUCACUGUGGACAAAGAAAAUGGUCUGACGUUGACAGAGAUUGCGGAUGGUGUGAGCAUCGAGGACAUUGUGGCCAGCACCGGAUGUUUGUUCAAGGUGGCUGAGGACAUGAAACCAAUGGGACAGAUUGAGGUGCCGGAGGAGUAAGGAAAGUCUGCUGGAACUGUUGCCAUUAAUGUGAAGGUCGACCUCACUUACUUUACAAGUUUUACAGUCAGACUCAGAGGUCAGGUAUUAUGUUUUUCAAGUAGCAUCUGACACCUUGACAGGGAGAAGAUAUUCUAUUUGCAUAAAAACUACACAAACUGUAUAUUACAAGCUCAAUCAUUUAUCCAAGUUGUAUGUACAAUUCUUACAAUGCCUUGCGGUGCACUGCAAAAGCUUUUCUAUAAGGCAUUUUUUUUACCUCUUGAACUAUUCAGGUAAAUAACCAUUAUUCUUGCAUGUUUGCAUUAUGAAACCAUACAUAGAAUUUAGAUGAAUAUUUUAAAUCUAAUUUGCAUACUAACUGUAUUGCUGACAGUUCAUGUUUUAUACAAUUUUGAAGUGUUCUGAAUACUAGAAUUACUCCCUUGAGUGUGUUAGUUAUCAGCGUGUGUGUGUCGGUCACCAGCGUGGGUUUAUAAUACUGUAGUAACCUGUGGGUCAAGUUAGCAUUUGUCUCCUUUAAGCUGAGGGUAAGAAUAAUGUUUUACUCAGGGUGAAAUAACCAAAAUCAUACAGUACCACAUUUUGCAACACAUGCUUUUAGUGCAAAACAAUUGUAGAAAUUUUGUAGUGUUUGUGACUCACUCAUUAUGUAGAAUAUUUCAUUACUAAUUUCUAAAUGACUUUCCCUGUUGUUCGUAUAUGGAGAAAUGGGAAUCCAAUUUUGGCCAUAGGGGACGUAACAAGUACUUAAUGUUUCCUGCAUAUUGAGUACAGUAUUUCCUUCAUGUUAUUCCUCUCACUGUCAGACGUUGUGAGUACGAAAUAUAGUUUAUUUAUGCAGAUGAUUACUUUAAAAAUGCUUCAUAUACGAGUUUGUUAAAGAAGUCAAAUUCUCCAACAAACUCUUAUCAUUCCUCUCUGACCUGGUAUAGUAAGACUCUUAAGCUGUACAGAUUACUAUAGCAAAUAAGUUACCAGAAGGAGGCAUUACAUUACAUUUAUUACGAUACAAUGUACUGAUCUUUCCCUAAGUGUUAAAUAGCUGGAUAACUUUAAUUACAAUAGCUGGAAAAGAUUAAUGUCACAGAAUUGAACCAAGAGUAAAGUCGUGAACACAGAAUGAGGGUUUGUUUAGUGAUGAUGCAUAAGAACAUUAAUUCCCUCAAUGAUCUGGUUGUAGGUGUAUGUAUGAGAUAGUUUCCUUAAUGAUAAGUACAAAUAAGAGCGAUAACAAAAACAAACGUUGAAGUUAUUAAUGUAACUUUCGUUUAGGGUAGUGGUUGCCAAGUCUAGAGAUCAUGAUUUUUUUUAGGAUCAAUAUUGAUGAAUUUGCCGGGAAUGACCCAAUAACUUGCUGUAAAUAUAAGAUGAUAAAUGACCAUAUUGCAUUACUGUUUAAGAGGAAACAAGAUGGGGAUUAUUAUUCUUAAGUGCAAAGAGUUAAUUGAUUAGUUUGAAUUAGUUGAAUAAUAUGAUGGUAGGGGAUUAUAUCAGAAUAUUUUUAUCUUUAUUUUUUUAUAAUUGAUGUAUAUUUAUAAUCUGACCCUUAUGAUGGAUGCCUGAUUAUUCUCAUCAUUUUACCCAAGUCUUUUACUGAGUUUGUCCCAGGUGUGUUCAUGUGUUCUGGUCGUGGAUGUUUGGGGCAGGUAAGAGAGAUCCUCCUCCUCCUCCUCCUCCUCCUCCUAUCUUCCUGGGUCUAUGAUCAGUCUAUUCACUGUCCGGCAUCAAACUACUGGCAUGGCAAUAAUGUACUGGGUUCCAAUUUCUCAUAUGGUUAUCCCUGAAUAUGUUAACGAGUGUAGGACUUAACAUUGAUAUAUAACAAACUGCAUGGAGCGUUUGAUGUGACAUAGAGCAGUUAGAGGUGUGUAUGGACCUAUGUCAACUACCCUUAGUAACUUCAAAUUGACAUAAUGUUAUAAUUAAGUUUAGUUGAUAAUUACAUUGUGUAGGAUGGAACCUUAGAUUGAUCUUGAGUGAAGUAGCAGCUAUCACCAGUGUCAGUCAGAGCUGUGAGGUAAUGUGGUCACUUCUCAGUUGCUGAUGAGUGUGUUAUGAUUCAUGGAAGGUUAUCUAAGGCCUUAUAUAGUGAGUGUGGUCCAAAGAGUUGCAAUGAGAGACCCGCUUUACUCCUGCUUGAUAUAGUGUCGUCUACACCAGCUUGAUGUGACUCUCUUUACUGGUAGAUAUAAAGCAAUAUUUUAAUACUGUAUAUGAAAAUCUUGUAAUAAAAACUGAAAACUUC